CGCAGAAAACGAGCUUCGUAGCCAUUCUGGCUCAAGACCGCACAAGUCGCAUCAAGCUAUUUGCAGUAUUGCACACAUACGUGAUAAGGUGAGCCCAUGGUGUUCACGGCUGUCUUCCACCUGCUACUGUUUGCCACCGCCGCUCUGCCACUGCAGGCCUUGACGCUGGAGAGUGCCGCAGAUGAGGCGCUGCUCAGGCGUGCCAGUCAUGGCGCCGCAGCUGACGACGCCGGCAGUCGCAGUGGCAUGGUAGACCUCCAGCACCUCAUGGUCCAACAUGCCGCGUCGGAGACCGAGCUCCAUGCCCGUGCGGCCGAGACGUGGCGCAAGUAUGCUAGCCAGCUGGCCAGUAGUGGUUGCAGCUAUAAAGGCGGUUUGCUGCCUUGCCCCAAUGGCAACAUCUGUUAUUACACAGGGCACGGAGGCUUGAACACGACGGCCACAGUGGAGUAUCGUGGGAAUAUCAUCAAGACAGUCUUAACCCCCGACCCAGAUGCUGCAGUCGACAUGCCAGAAAUCGUGACGUUUAUGGGGGCUAGCACCGACGAUGCUCCUGCAAUGUUGAUGGACGUACCUGCAGAAUACCGCAGAACAGCGAACCCUGUGAUGUUGAAGAUGUUCUUCGUAGAGGACACUGAUAACGUUACUGAGCAGUGCCCUCAUGACAGUGAGCGCGUGGAGUCCGUGGGGAACAGCAGCGCGUCGUACAAGGUUGAGAACAACACGGUCGCAGUUUCAGCGCAAAGCCCAAACACGUUCUUGGGCAUGGAAUUCGAUUUCGUCAGCGAGGCACCUGUGGGUCACACCCUGGCCUUCGAGAUCCCUUCUGGGACGGAGAUCGUCUGGGUGAGCCGUGAAGAGAUGGUCGCGGUGCUCAACACGCAAGAGAUGCCGGCUUCCCUCGAGAGGCGCUUGGAGGCUCAGUUACGCAAAGCUUCUUUGGCCAAGGGGAUGGAUGUCGCGCUCACGCAGAAAUCAGACAGGCGGCGCAGGCGGCGCAGGGCUCCGUCGUGCACAGGUGAAGAGAUUGGGCUCAUGGCAGGAGGUGCCGCCGCCGUAGCCAUCGGCUUCUUGGUCUGCGCGUUUACUUUCAUAGGCUGCUUCACGGCGUCGCCGUUCUUGGUUACUAUGGGCAGUAUAAUCGUGAAAAACGGUGCUUGCUCAUGUUGGGCUAACGAUGAUACUGGGCGGACUUCCUGUGCGUUGCGGUGAGGGCGGUGAGGGUUGCGAGGGUGCAGCGGUCUGCAAUUUCUGCUCCAACUGCAGUUGGCAGGCUGGCUGGCGACCACGUGGUGCAUGGACGCCGUCCUGGCCAAGCCGGGAGGGUGUCCACGCCGCUCCUCGGCACAGGAUGGGCCCUGGCCAGAGGCAGCAGAUGUGCGUAGAGCUCGUCGCCCUGUGCAGGGCCGCGGGGCCUGUACCCAGACCACGUCCUGGGAAGUCUUCGCCAGAACGGAGCAAAGGGCUGGCCACCGAGCCCGCUGAUGGGGCGUGGCCAGACACAGUGGACGUGCAUAAACUCCGCCACCUGCAGGUAGCAGGGGGGCACCGUUGCCGCUCGUGGUGCAGGCAGCGGCGUACACCCGCAUGUAGCAGGGGGGGCCAUGUCCGCUCGCACCGCAGCAGGCAGUGUCUAUUGCAUGUUGUGCCUACUCAAAAAAAGAUCGCAGAA